UGGGGUGGUCGAAUCGCGUCCAUCAGGAAGUGGAGGGAUUCAGGUGGUGGCGGUAGCAGCUGUUGGCGUGGUGUACGGUAUGGUUUGUGAAAGCAACGGUAGUUGUUUAUGACGGAUACCACUAGGUUGAAAUGGCACAGAUGCGAAUGAGAAACACGAAGGGUUCGAAUGCCACUGAGAUAGAAAAGAAAAUUAAAAGGGGUAAUGCUCUGCGGCAGGGAUCAGCUUGGAGGGGGUACCGAGGACUUGUGCCCUGGCUGCUGGUUGCUCUGUGUUUGUGUGGGGUGGCUAUGUGGCUGUACAUAAACCCUCUGGACAGUGACAUCACAGAAACACUGGUCCACCAGGGUGAGCUGGUUUCUCCUCACCCCAGAGUCUACACUGUCCGGUGCUCUGAAGACUACGAGAACUACAAACGCUAUCCAGGAUGCACCCCUCAGAAGUGUGGCCGCGCAGUCACAGACAGUGUGGUAACACGGGAGGAAGCUCAGGUCCUCAGGAGGCUGGCUGAGAAAGGGCUGGCGCUGGCAGGGUCAGAAGGAGGAGCCUCUAUACUUGACCUGCACUCCGGAGCGUUGUCGAUGGGAAAACAGUUCGUCAACAUCUACAGGUAUUUUGGGGAUCAGAUUAGAGAUGCUUUCACACAAGAGGAUUUCCAGCUUUACAGAGUUGUACGUGGGCGAAUCCAGGCAGUAAUUGCUGAAACAUUUGGUUUGAACCCAACUCUGAUGUACCUCACCAAGCCCACCUUCUUCUCCAGAAUCAACAGCACAGCAGCCAAGACCCAACAUGACGAGUACUGGCACCCACACAUAGAUAAGGAGACUUAUGGUUCCUUUGACUACACCUCUCUCCUGUACCUGUCUGACUACGGCUAUGACUUCACUGGAGGAAGAUUUGUAUUCAUGGAUCAAAAUGGCAACCGCACAGUGGAACCGCGAACAGGGCGAGUCUCUUUCUUCUCCUCUGGCUCAGAGAACCUCCACCGUGUGGAGAAGGUGACAUGGGGCACGCGCUAUGCCAUCACUGUGUCUUUCUCCUGCGACCCUGCACAUGCUAUCUCUGACCCCACCCUGCCCUGAGGGAUCCAUGGGCGAUGAUGCUGAUCACUGGCUCGGACAAACCCUGCAGCAAAGGGGGGUGGGAGGGAAGGACAAACAAAAAGACAAGGAAGGAGGAGAAGGGGAAAAAGUCAGUUUAUAUGGAGGGUUUACUCAGACAUUAGUGUAGCGUAGUCACAGUCGAUAUCUGUAAUUUUCUUUUCAGAUAUUGGCUUGUUGGUUCUUAUUGAUUGUGCUACAGAAAAAAAACAUGUCCAUCCUCUCUUUGGUAGAGGUGUUUUUAUUAUUUCUUACUGACCCUCCUGUUUUUAUCUAGUUUUCUGUCGGUUUUUUUCUAUCUAGUAAUAGGCAUGUGUGGUUCCCUGCACAUGUGCACCAUCUGCUCUUCUUGAUCACCUGGGGGACAGCCUAAGCAGAAAUGGCUUCUUGAUUGAAAAGAGUUGCAAAGAGGCCAAAAUGGUGUUGGAUGUUUUCUGUGUCUUGUUGUGUCUUUUAUUUUAAGGAGAGCGGUCGGUUUUGGAGAAGAGAGAAGUCUAAUGAAUCACCUACAAAAUGAGCCUUUCAUCGCAAAAUCCCCACUCAUACUUGUCCCCACCCAUGGUCCAGGAAGUGUUUUCUUCUAAGAAGAACCCUCUCCUUGUCUAACAGAGAUUGUUCUUUCCAGUGUGUUACCUUUUACUUCAGUGUGGUUGGAGAGGAUGGGUUUAAAUAAAAUACUGACAGGACCUGA